UUUGGAUUACAUCUCUAGAUAAAUUCUAUUAGCUGUAUGUCUAGCUUUAACUAUUUGGAAAUGGAUACAGGACUUCAACCUCUUGAUGAUAUUCUGAAAGACAAAGAAAAGGAGAUCACAAAAUUAAAGAAAAAUUUGAAAGAACUAAAUGAAAAUUUGAUUAGAGCAGCAGAAGCGGGAAAUGUACUCCUGGAAGAGAAAUCCAAUCUUGAAGAAAUGCUGGACAAUAUACAGAGAGAAAAUGGAAAAAUUGUUGAAGACUAUGAACAGGAAAAAUAUUCUUUGGAAAAUAAACUUGAGGUGAUGACAAAGAUGAAAGCUCAAGUUGAAUCUAAUCUUCAAGAAGAGACGAACAGGUGGAAGACAGAAUUUCAAAGGUUGGAACAGCAAUUUAGGAAGAAACAUUCUGAUGAAAUCGUUAUGAUCAAAUCACGGCUUGAUGAUACUGCUAGUCAACUACAGCAAGAAAAACUGAUGAACUCUCAACGUCUUUCUACAAUUGAAUUGAAAGAAUCGCAAAUCGAAAAAUUGCAGAAAGAACUUAAGCAAAUGCAAACUAGCUUGAAUGACACGUUAUCUAGUGAAGUUGCAGAAUUAUCGAAUGAUAAUUAUGAACUAAAAUUGCAAGUUCAAGAAUUGGAAAUGAAUGAACAUGAACUAUCACAAACUGUUCAGCAACUGAAAGAAAUGAUGGAAAUUGCAAAAAAUAAUGAAGACAAUCUUAGACAAGCAAAAGAAGAUGCUGAAAGAGAAACAUCGAGUUAUUAUAAUAAUUUAGAGUUAUGCAGAGAAGAAUGUCGUGAGUUACAAGCUGAAUUAAACAUACUUAAACUUCAACCUAAUGACCCAAAUAGUAGAGGAAAUUCAUUGUUUGCAGAAGUGGAAGACAAAAGGGUACAAGCAGAAAAGAAUUUAAUUAGUAUGAAGUCAAAAUACAACUGUAUGCUGAGACAAAGUGAUCAAUUAAAGCAUUAUACAAUGAAAUUAAAGAUGCAAAUUUCAGCUCUGCUUGAAACUCGGUCACGCACAAUUGACCAGCAACAUGUUAGAUCUUUGGAAGAAUCAUUAUCAGCUGCUCGGAAUGAUAAUGCCAAACUUGUGCAAAAAUUAAAGGCUUUUCAAGAUAAGUUAACGAGAAGAGGAGAUGAUCUUAUUUCCGGCAGCAGUUCAAGCACAGGAGGUCAAACUGGUAUGGUUCAGUUUUUCAAGAAUGAACUGAAAGAGAAAAAUUCGGAAUUAGAACGAAUCACAGAAGAGCUGCGGUUAAAUGAAUUAUACCUUCGAAUGGAAUCGAAAAAAGUUACCUCAUUGCAACAUGAUUUGUAUGAACAAGGAAAACUUCUUGAUGUUGCUAAAUCUGCAAGAUUUAAACUACAAGUGGAGAUUGAUAGAUUGAAAAUGAAAUGUGGCGAAGAUGUGAAAGUGAAGGCUUAUCAACAUAAAUGGAAGUCGGAAAAAAUAUUUCCAAAAGAAUCAGAGAAAGUUUCAGAUAAAUCUCCUGAGCAUACAGAAAAUGACAAAGAAAAUGAAGAACCUUUAUCAACCAAAAUCAGUUGCGACAAGACUUCACCAAAAAAUUUUAUUGAGGAUAAAAACAGUUUUGAACAAUCUCGCAACGAACCUCAAAAAUCUGGUUCUGUCAGAAAGCCACUUGCUGAAAAAGAGGUUUCAAAUGAGCAAUAUAACAUUGUUAAUGAUAAAAAUGAUAAAGUAUCAAUUAAGACUGAAUAUGUAUAUUCUGAUCAUGUAAGUUCUGACACAUCUGGAGAAGUAGAUGUUAAAAAAGAAGUUGGUGUUUCCGAAGAAGCAGUACCGUCAGCAAAAAUAGAUUCAUCUGGAAAAAUUGAUAUAAAUAACCUUGACGCUGGUAAUGUAACUACUGCUGCAGAUUGCAAACAACAGUGAUGCGUUUUCGAUGUAAUAGCAUCUUUUUCAUAAUUUUUUCAUAAAUGUAAAGACUAACAUUUAAAAUGUAAUAAUAUUAGUGGAUUAGACUUGUUUAUUGGUCGCAAAGUGGACCACAGAUAGUGUGGUUGGGGAUAGUGAAAAUAUAGCUAUUACAGCCAACUGAGGCAUAGGUUCUCAAAGUGCUCCUUACGGAUCUCCAGGGCAUCGUGAGAAAAACCCAGGGGUUCCACGAGCUAUUCCUUAUUCAAAUACUGACUUCGCUAAUUUUGCAACUGUCCAAAGAAGCAAUAAACGCUUUGAAAAGAUUGACCUCUGUAGCGUCCAAAUUUAAGUAUGACAUCUAUAAGUUAUAAUAAAUAAUUUAUUUUUAUAAAUUUAUUGUUGGGCCCAUGCAUAUAACAUUUAACUUCUUCACAGGCUCCUUAAUAUACUAAUUGAUUUAAAAUUUUCAGUACUUGGAGAUAGAAAAAGUUGCAGGAGGCUAUCGCUUUUAUUUUCAAAUCAUGGGAGCUGAUAUAUCGCCCACAAUUUUGCUAUUUUAUUUUAAUCUAUGGGAACACCUUAUUCUGUCACUCUUGUCCUAUACUAGGUGCAAAGUAAUAAUCGGGAAGCACCAAAUUUUUUCCGGGGAGAAUCCAUAGUUGGAAACACUGCUUUGGCGUAUGGGUGCGUAUAGCAAGCUUUCGUGUCAAUAUAUUUGUGCUUGAAUCUCCACAACUAUUUUGCGACUUCGGAGGUACAUGGAUGUGGAAUCUAUACAUGACUAUUUAAAAUUGAAAUAUAUAUAUCUGUUAGGUUAUCG